UGGCUACACCAGUAUUCUAUUACUCUGCUUCACCCCUCAGGGUCUUUAAGAGCUUAAGAACUUAUGUCCUUAUCCUUAAGCCUAAUCUUUAAAACCCAUAAGCGAAUUUGAUAUUUAACAGCUGAUAGACUUAACCAGCAAUAAAACCAUAUAAUCCCAUUCCUAUCCUUUUAAAAUAAGUAAAUGUAAAAAAUAAAAAAUGUACUGUAAAACCUAAUUUUAUGUCGCAAUGUCGCAUUGCUAGAGACAGUUUGAAAUUUCGUCUGCUGUUAGUGUGCACGCUAAUUUGCUAUUUCCUUAGUGGCCGGACUACGGUUUAUUUGUAAUAUAUUUUUUCUUUGCUAUGUUUUCUUUAUAAAAAUGGCAGACGAUAAAAAAACGUUGUUACCAAAAAUUCAACAAUACGAGAAGUUCGUAAAUGAGGUUCUAAGAAGUAAGCUCAAGAGUUGCUUAGCAGCCAGGGAAAAUUACGUGUCGGAUAUCCAGGAAUAUCUUCAGCUACUGAAAACGAUAAAAAAUUUAGAUGAAUUUGAUGUGAAUCCACUAAAAACAAAAGUUGACUUGGGAUGCGGAUUUUUUGUUCAAGCUGAAGUACCUGAUGUUUCCACAAUCCUUGUCUCAGUUGGAUUUGGAUUCUUUUUGGAGCUAACACUUGCUGAAGCAUGCACCUUUAUUACGAAGAAAGUGGAGCAAAUUGGUGGACGUGUUAAAGUUUUAGAAGAGGAAGCUUCACACAUCAAAGCAGAUAUAAAAAUGAUGUUGAACACACUUGGGCAACUACAAGGUGUUAUCCCUACAGGCAGACACAUGCUACCUUUUGACAACUUUUGUUUUCACCCAUAUGAGAAGCAGUUCAGUACCCAACGGAUCGAAGUUAAUUUAAGCGUGAACGAUUUGGAGCUAACAGCCUUCAUCGGUCAGGCGGAAAACAUUGCGAUUGGAGGUGCAUGGACUCCCACAGAAUGCUGGUCCAAAUACCGCGUCAAUAUAGUAAUUCCAUACCGUCAGCGUCAAGAGCAAUUGCGCGUCUUCCUUCAUUACUUCCAUCGCUACUUACCGUUGCAGCAAAUCGCUUACCGCAUAAUCGUCGUCGAACAAAGUGCGGAAAAUGAAUUCAACCGGGGAAAGCUCUUCAAUGUUGGUUUCGUUGAGAGUGAGAAACGUUUUCCAUCGGAUUGCUACAUAUUCCAUGACGUUGAUCUCAUCCCCACAAGCCUGAAUAACAUAUAUGCCUGCACAGGCAUGCCACGCCACUUGUCUUCAGCUGUUGAUACCUUUAAUUACCAAUUACCUUACUGCGAAAUCCUUGGCGGAGUUGUCGCCAUGAGAAGUCACCAUUUCAGGAAAGUCAAUGGGUACUCGAACAUGUUUUAUGGAUGGGGAGGAGAAGACGACAAUCUUUACUUCCGCGUGUCUCAAGCUGGACUAAAUGUUAUACGAUUUGAGCCGGACGUCGCGAAGUAUAAAAUGCUUCGCCACAUUAAGGAGAUUCCAAAUCCUGCUCGUUUCCAAAUCAUGAAGAUGGAUCGGGAGAUUUAUUCUGCUGAGGGACUAAACAACCUUAACUACACUUUGUUGUCGUAUGAACUAAAACCACUGUAUACGAGGAUAUUUGUACACGUUUAGUAAAACUUACGAAAAAACGCCGAUUAAUUCUUUGCUAUUUUACCACGAAUACCUCUGGAAAUCAAUUCGAUAUUUCACUUUUGUA